GAAGUGCUUUCCUUUGCAGGAAGAUCGACCAUUCUCCUCCUAAAAAUGACUAGAACUGGGGUGUUUUACUGAAAAAUACGAAGGUAGUCCAUUUUAUGAUCGAUACAGGCGGGGUUAAAGGCGAAGGUGACCGUGAGUGAAUAGCUGGAUGUUGCUUUUGCAGAUUGAAUCAUGCACUGAUGCCAUGCAGAGGAGACACAGCAGCAACACGGAUGGGAUGCCCACUGAAAGGAGCAGAAGUCAAACUGUGGGGUCUGAGAGCAGCUUGGAUGAGGGUGGCGUGUUCGACUGCCUGAAGCCCGACUCGCCCGCAUCGCCGCAGCAGAUUUUCUCCGGCCUGGUGGGCGUCCCCUCCGGCUCCGUCUCCUCUGCCCAGCUCCAGGCGGCAGGCUUGGUUCUGGGCUCUCCCCCUGAAGUUUUCAUCCAGAUGACGGCUGCGUCCAGAGAGGACGGCGGCCCCCACCGCACUGAGGGCGGACCUUUCCUCCCUCGGCCCCCGCACCACCACCACCAUCAUCAUCACCACCACUUCCACCACCAGCCGCUGCAGCACCGGACCUCGUCUCUGCUGCAGCAGGCUACGUCUGCGGCCGGGUCGGAGCGGCACGGCUCCAGGGAGGACGCCCAGGACGACCCGUCCACCCCGGCCCCGGCUUUGUCUGAGCUGAAGGCGGUGGUGACCUGGCUGCAGAGGGGCUUUCCCUUCAUCCUCAUUCUGCUGGCUAAAGUCUGCUUUCAGCACAAACUAGGGAUUGCUGUGUGUUUGGGGAUGGUCAGCACCUUCGCCUACGCCAACUCCACAUUCAGGCACCAAGUAUCACUGCGGGAGGAGCGUUCCGUUCUCGUUUCCUUGUGGCUGGUUGUUUUCCUGGGAGGAAAUGUCGUCUACGUCUUCUACACCUUCAGUGAGGAGGAGCUGCAGAACAGCCUUAUAUUUGCCAAGCCCAACCUCAACAGCUUUGACUUCUUCGACCUGAUCUGGGCUGUAGGAAUCACCGACUUCAUCCUCAAAUAUGUCACCAUCGGCCUGAAGUGUUUCGUCCUGUUCCUGCCUAAGAUUGUGAUGGCCUUCAAGUCCAGGGGUAAGUUGUACCUGCUGAUCGAGGAGCUGAGCCAGCUGUUCCGAGCUCUGGUGCCCAUCCAGCUGUGGUACAAGUACAUCAUGGGAGAAGAUCCCUCCCACGGAUACUUCCUGGGGGCCUCCCUCAUCAUUAUCUACAGUCUCUGCAAGUCCUUCGACAUCUGCGGACGCAUCUCUGCAAUACGGAAGGCGUUUGUCGUUCUCUGCAGCUCCCAGAGCUACGGCGUGAGAGCCGGCAGCCAGCAGUGCAGCGAGGCGGGCGACGUCUGCGCCAUUUGUCAGGCGGACUUCAGAGACCCCAUUGCUCUUCUCUGUCAGCACGUGUUCUGCGAGGAGUGCCUGUGUUUGUGGUUCGAGCGCGAGAGAACGUGUCCUCUGUGCCGCUCCAACGUCAUCGAGACGCAGCGCUGCUGGAAAGACGGAACCACCUCGGCUCACUUCCAGAUCUACUGAGGGGCUCAGGGAUUUAAAAAAAAACACCAUUUGAUUUAAAGACCCGCUCCGAUCAUCUUUGUAAGAGUGUUCCCAGUGGUUUUUAAUUAUAAUUAGGCCCUUUUUAGCCUAAAUCAGCUAUAAACAUACAUGGAUAUAGUCGUUUACAAAUGGAUAGAUCUAUUAAAGAGAUGGAUCUAUUUAAAUUUGAAUUGAAAAAUACUCAAAAAUGCAAAUUUUCUUGAGUAAAAAAUUCUUUAUAUGUCCUCCAGCAUAAAAAAAUGCUACAAAAACAUGUUAAAAACUCCAAAAACCGAAUUUUCAUCAGAGUGGGUCUUUAAAAUGACGUUUGCGCAACUACACAAACCAAACGAGUAAUGUUCAUUUUAAUUUGGAAAAUGCUGCUCUUUCAUUCUAGUUUGUUCACUUUUUUAAAAUUGUGAAUUGUACUUGUUUGCAUUCUUUAUGAUUUUGUUAUGUUUACCACUUUUUUUAAUCUAAAACUUCCUGAAGUAUAAUCAUCAUUUCUGAAGUGUUUUCUGCUCAGUAAAGAUGUUCAGUGAUGUAAGUAAAGACGGUGAUUGUUCAGUAAAUAAAAGCCAGAGAAUCCAGUAAAA